GUCGUCACUAUAUUCUAUCUCCAUACCCGCUCACCUCAGCCAUUCUCAACCUCUAUCUCGCUCAUCAUGCAACUAAUGUAGGGUUAGCUGGCUUCUGUUCCCCUCUUCACAACUUCCAACCAUGGUCACUCGAAUACCCUGAUGAACGCGGGGGCGACUUCACUCAUCCCAACAUCAUUCCGACUCUACUUCCCUGAGAACCAAAGGGUGCCUAGUAAAUAGUCGCUCCAUCAUGGGCUCCCGGAUGAAACAAACUCCGCAGGAUCGCCGAAAAGGAGAGCUUGCGCUCUCCGACUUCGCAGACUAUGUCGAGAAGGAACAAGCAAAGAAUCGUCACAAGCCCGCCCAGUCUAUAACGAGCGAUAGCGGCUAUUCUACCGGCGAUCGCUCCUCUGUGAACCAAGAACACGCCGAACUUGAUAUCUUAGAUCAAUUGGGACUUUCUGAUGGACCAAGCCCAGUCAAACUUAAAGAAUGGCUGCUUGAUAUCUCCGAAAAUGCCGAUGCUACACUGCAACAGAUAGGCGCACUUCUUCAGUCACGGAUCGACGAGGGCCAUGGAGAGACACUGUUCGACCUUGGCUUGGAAGAUGACGGAGAGCCGAUGGCUUUCACCAAAGAGCAAUGGGAUCUCGCCUUGCAAAGGUUGACUGAAGCCGCAGGUUCAAUACGAGCCGCGGUCCGCAUUUUAUUGACAUACAAUGUUGGCGGAGGUGCUGAAGCCCAAACGAUCAAUCCCAAAGAUUCGUCAUGCCAUGGCAAGUUACUCAUCCGACAGAUCCCCUCAACUCCUGAGGAAGUCAUUGAAACCCGAGUUGCUGUAGUCGGCAACGUCGACGCAGGAAAAUCGACGAUGCUGGGUGUCCUUGUCAAGGGCAAUCUCGACGAUGGUCGGGGCAAGGCUCGAGUCAAUCUCUUCCGCCACAAGCAUGAAAUUGAAUCAGGCCGGACGUCUUCUGUCGGCAUGGAAAUCAUGGGGUUCGAUGCGCAUGGCGAGGUGGUUGCUUCCACUGUUCCUGGUCGCAAACUGACAUGGGGUGAAAUUGGUACUCGCAGUGCGAAAAUCCUCACAUUUUCAGAUCUCGCUGGCCAUUCGAAAUACUUGCGCACCACCGUCUUUGGCCUGCUCUCCUCGGCUCCCAAUUAUUGCCUGCUCAUGGUAGCAGCCAAUAAUGGGCUCAUUGGUAUGAGCAAAGAGCAUCUUGGCAUUGCUCUUGCCCUCAAUGUCCCCGUUAUGGUUGUCAUCACAAAGAUUGACAUCUGCCCGCCCCAAAUACUGGAGCAGACCAUUACUCAACUUACGAGAAUCCUCAAGUCUCCGGGGGCCCGCAAGAUCCCCAUCUUCAUCAAGUCACACGAGGAGACCGUAUUGACUGCUACUCAAUUUGUUUCCCAACGAAUAUGCCCAAUCUUCCAAGUUUCCAAUGUCACAGGCGAAGGCCUCGACCUCGUUAGGACAUUUCUUAACAUUCUGCCUCAUCACGGUCACUAUGAUGAACAAGCACCAGCAGAGUUCCAUAUCAAUGAUACCUUUUCCGUUCCCUUCGUUGGGACGGUUGUGUCUGGGGUCAUGCGCUCAGGAGUGCUCCACGCAGGAGAUACCGUUCUUGUGGGACCAGACUCCCUUGGACAAUUCCAAACAACCAAUAUCCGAUCCAUUGAGCGCAAACGAAUACAGGUUCCGUUGUGCAGUGCUGGCCAGUCUGCGUCGUUCGCGCUGAAGCGUAUCCGACGCAAAGAGGUCCGGAAAGGCAUGGUGCUACUGCCAAAACUUGAGCAUCCUCCAAAAGUGUACAAGGAGUUUGUUGCUGAAGUCUUGAUCUUGUCUCAUGCAACAACCAUUCGCCCGAAGUAUCAAGCGAUGCUCCACGUUGGUGGAGUGAGCCAAACCUGUGCCAUUAUCGAUAUCGACCGAGAGUUCAUACGGACAGGAGACCGUGCAACUGUCGCCUUCCGCUUCGUUCAGCGGCCAGAAUUCCUCACCAUUGGAGAGCGCAUCUUGUUCCGUGAAGGUCGCACCAAGGGGCUGGGCAUUGUCAAAUCUCUGGGAUACGAAGCAGGCUCAUUGAGCAAACAGAUCGACACUCAGGGUGACACUACUGCGCCAGCACUGGAGUCUAAAGGCAAAGCAAAAUCUGAAGAACAUGCUUCUGCCUCCAAAGCUCAAGGGACUGGCGGUACGAACAGUGGCAAGGCGAAAUGAGAAUGGAGUCAUUGGCAGCAAGAGAAACCAUAGUCGUAAGCGACAUAGGCAUCGCAGGGGUUAGUCAGUCUAGUUGACUGGACUUUGAUUAUAGUGCGAUUUUUCUAGCUAGCUAGAAUAUAUCUGAGUACUAUCUCC